CACCUUUUCGCCACUGGGCCUCCUCGCCAGUUGGGACGUCGAGCGCCCUUAACAAGCUCGCGGACCAAACUUAUCGAGCCAUGCUGCUGCUGCUCGCGGGCCUUGGCAAGAUGCCGGAGCCGCGGCCUGAAAACGGCGCCGCCUCCGGCCCGCUGCACAGCCACGUCAACUUUCUGCGGUGGCAGGAGCACCCCGCGGCCAACGACGUGCUCACGACGGAGGGAGGCUACCUUGGCGGCCCGGUUGUCGAGGCGCCCGCAAAGCCGGGCGCCGAGCCGGCGCCCUGGCCGCAGUACGUCGCUCUGGACGUCAUCAGCCACGUGAAGUACGGCGUGGCGACUGCUGAGACGGCGACCGAGCUGGGUGGCAUGGCGGCGGUCGAGGCGACGAGCAUCGCGGGCAGCAAUCUCGCCGCAGCGAGUGGCGCGGAAAAGGAGCGGGCGGAUGGCGGUUGGACUGCCUCUGCCGCGCCGGCCAACGCCAUCAACCGCUUCCACGAGCUCGAGCGCGACACCGAGACGGACUACGCGCGCUUGGACCAGGGCGGUCACAUCCAGGGCACGCCCGAGGCGCUUCGGGGCAGCGGUCCCCUGCGGAUAACUAGAGCGCCGAGGCUGGUUUCGCCCGACGAGGCGGCGGCGGCGCCCGUGGGGGUGGCGACUGCUGCGGCUGAAGCCGCGGCGGCGGCGGCGGAGAACACGGCCGAGGAGAGCGAGCACGGUGUGGCGCUGGGCGCCCUGCGGGCCGCGAUCGGGAUCACGGCACUAGCAAGCGACCUUCAGAGCGGCCGGCGCAAGCUGCGAGACCCCGAGGCGCACGCCGCGUUCGGGCACGCUGCGGUCAGCGAGGGAGCGGCUGCCGACGGCGACGCACCCGGCGUGGCUGGAGAGGAGAGCGAGGAGGUCCGCGUGCGAUGCGGUCCAAACGUCGGACGCGACUUGCCUUGCGGGCGGUCGCGGAGGAGGUCGCUCCUUUUCGACUAGAUCUCAAUUGUUGAGAUCUGUGUCAUAUCACGCUCUGGAGCCAUGCGCAUGUUCACAGAGACCUCUCUCGCCACACAAGCGCACGACAAAUCGACACAUCCUGUGUAAUAUUGCACACGCGCCACGAUGGAAUCCUCGAUGGAAUCCGUGUACACGUUCGAAUUGGGGAACUCUAAUGUAUCACCA